UGGUCGGUCGACAUACAGAGGAUUGUCGGCAGCAGCUGCAGCAGAGAGUCGGGGAAAGGAGAGCCAGAUCAGUGUCCCGGAGAAAGCAACACUAACCUGGAAUAAUUUACACUUUCGACAGGCUUGCUCCAUUGUUGUGCUGAUAACGUGAGGCAAGGAUGGCAAUGCAAAUGGGGGAGCUUGAUAGUGGCAUGGUGAAGGUGGCAGAAUGGCAGCAGACGAUGUAUGACAUAGACUCGGGCAUCCAGUCCAGAGCCCAUACGGUCAGAGAUGAUGACGGUGAUUUGGUCACCUCCAAGCACUACACCGUAACCACUACUGUCACAAGGGACCAGCCCGACUUGGAUACCCAGUACACAAUGACCAGAGCCCAACGGGUGCGGGCUGCGAUGUUCCCAGAGACCCUGGAGGAAGGCACCACCAUCUUGUCUACUCAGACAGACCCGUCCCAGAUGACCAAUGUCCAGCGCCUGGCUGAGCCCUCCCAGAUGCUCAAGACAGCCAUCAUCCAUCUGAUCAACUACCAGGAUGAUGCUGAGCUGGCCACACGUGCCGUGCCCGAGCUUACCAAGCUGCUCAAUGAUGAAGACCAGCUGGUGGUGAGCAAGGCAGCCCAGAUUGUCAACCAGCUUACACGCAAGGAGGCAUCACGCCGCGCACUGAUGCAGUCCCCUCAGAUGGUGGCGGCGGUGGUGCGUGCCAUGCAGAACACAAGCGACAUGGAGACUGCACGGGCCACAGCCAGCAUCCUCCAUAACCUGUCCCACCAGAGAGAGGGCCUGCUCUCCAUCUUCAAGUGUGGAGGCAUCCCUGCUCUAGUCCGCAUGCUCAGCUCUCCAAUGGAGUCUGUGCUUUUCUAUGCCAUCACCACGCUCCACAACCUGCUGCUGCACCAGGAAGGAGCUAAGAUGGCUGUGCGUCUGGCCGAUGGCCUCCAGAGGAUGGUCCCCCUGCUGAAGAAGAGCAACCCCAAGUUCCUGGCCAUCACCACAGACUGUUUGCAGCUGCUGUCUUAUGGCAACCAGGAGAGCAAGCUGAUUAUCCUUGCCAAUGGUGGUCCUGAGGGUCUAGUUCACAUCAUGACAAAUUACAACUAUGAGAAGUUGCUGUGGACCACAAGCCGUGUGCUCAAAGUCCUCUCUGUGUGCCCCAGCAACAAACCCGCUAUUGUUGAGGCUGGUGGGAUGCAGGCUCUGGGUAAACACCUUCAAGGCUCCAGCCAGCGUCUGAUGCAGAACUGCCUGUGGACACUCCGGAACCUGUCUGAUGCUGCCACCAAGCAGGAGGGCGUGGACAGCCUGCUGCAGGUGCUGGUUGGCCUGCUCAGCUCAGAUGACCUCAACAUGCUCACUUGCGCCACAGGUAUCCUGUCUAACCUCACAUGCAACAAUGCCCACAAUAAAACUCUGGUCACCCAAAACAACGGUGUCGAGGCACUGAUCCACGCCAUAUUGCGUGCCGGUGAGAAGGAGGAUGUGACUGAACCUGCAGUUUGCGCUCUGCGCCACCUGACUUCACGCCACCAGCAGUCUGAGGCGGCGCAGCAUGCUGUGAGGAGACACUAUGGCAUCCCCGCCAUUGUCAAGCUGCUCAACCAGCCCUACCACUGGCCUGUCAUCAAGGCUGUGGUUGGCCUCAUCCGUAACCUGGCCCUGUGCUCAGAGAACCAGGCUCCCCUGAGGGAUGCAGGGGCGACUCCCCGUCUGGUCAACCUGCUGCUCAAAGCCCAUCAAGAUGCCCAAAAACACGGCUCAUCCGCCCAGCAGACGUACCAGGAUGGAGUGAGGAUGGAGGAAAUUGUGGAGGGCAGCACAGGCGCUCUGCACAUCCUGGCCAGAGAUCACAUCAACAGAGCAGAGAUUGCCAACCUGCAGACCAUUCCCCUCUUUGUGCAGCUGCUCUACUCUCCAGUGGACAAUGUGAAGCGUGUUGCAGCUGGCGUCCUGUGUGAGCUGGCACUGGACAAACAGUCAGCUGAGCUCAUCGACAGUGAGGGGGCGUCUGCUCCACUGAUGGAGCUGCUGCACUCCAACAACGAGGGCAUUGCUACUUAUGCUGCUGCUGUGCUCUUCCGCAUCUCCGAGGAUAAGAACUCUGACUACAAGAAGCGAGUGUCUGUGGAGCUCACACACUCCUUGUUCAAACACGACCCCGCUGCCUGGGAGAUGGCCCACAACAGUGUCCCCAUGGAUACAAACUAUCCAGAUGAGUUGGAUGUUGGUUACCAAGGCUAUGGAGGAUAUGGACAGGAAAUGCCAAUGGAUGGCAUGGACGGAAACAUGAUGUAUGAUGAUUUCUCUGGCGGCAUGCACUAAGAAAGACAACAGUACCAUGACCCUUAGUAAAGUGGGAUGUAAUGGCAAAAAGAAGAAGAGGAUAUAGGCGUCGGUGGAGAUUAUUCCCUUUGCUCUCAGCCUGAUGUAAUAUAUGCAAUUAUCACGGAGUACGGGAGUCAUAAUCUCUUAACAGGGCUUGACUUUGUUUUAUAGCCUAAUGUUGCUGAUUAUAAUUGUGACGGUGAUAAUGCUCGUAGGUUGUGUGCGUGUGAGUACGUGUGUGUGUUUAUGCUUCGGGGUGGGUAUUCUAUGCCAAAGAGAUUUUUAUUUUGUGAUGAUAAUCAUGUGGCUUCUGUUUUGUAAGAAAAAGAAACAAAAAAAGAGAAUAUAAGUUGAAAACACUGCCAGAGGUGGCUCGAGGUGUACGGUACACCCACUCACCACCUGGUUUCCUUCUUAAUGCUUUUUUUAACAGACGCUGUUGUUUAUGAUGUAGUUCUGACGCUAUAUACGUCAUCUUCUUCCCACUGUGAGCCCAGAGCCGGUGAAGCAUUAGAUAGAAGGCUCCUCUUUUUCUCACAACACUAAUUCUUUAGGAGUGAACAAACAGGAAGUGCGGAGGUCUUUGACAGACCCUUGCAAGAGCAGCGUAGGGCUGCCCACCACUCUCACAUAAUCAGCUGCAGGUGAACAAGUUAGUUUGUUUUUUAUGAAUUGUUUCUCAUCUUUUUGUAAGUUAUUUUCUGGGCUAGAACACUAAUAAAGAUGUCUUGUUGGAUUUUAAACAGAAUUUAAAGAGAAGCUCAUUGGUGCCUGUAGUAAUUUACAGAACAGCAACAUAGGUGGAGCAGUUUUACAGAUUUGUUCAACAGACUGGUUCAUUAGUCAACACAUGAUUUACAGUAUAAAGUCGGGGAGCAAACUACUGAUGGGGAAACUUCUUUCUACUUAAGAGUUUUUACUG